CUUUUUUCCAAGUUGGAAAUGCAAGCUAAGUUUAGUGGCUACAGAUGUACUAGCGUUACACAAACAAAGAAAGCAACUUCUCACACACACACACACACACACACAAACAUCAUUCAUAUAUAUUCACAAGGCUCCCUUUUUGACUCCAACCCAAUUUUCCUUUAACCCUCCACUGAAAAUCUCACUCCCUACUUCUUCUUCUUCUUCUAUACAUAUAUAAAACCACAUCAAAAGCCUACUAUUACUUACACUCUUCAUUUUUCCUCUUCACUUUGUCCAUUUCAUCAAUCUCUAGCUUGAAAUAGAUAAGCCCAAUUGACCAUAUCUUUUCUUCAUCGAAAGUAUGGAAGAAUUAUCUGCCGGGUCAAAUGAUCUUUCCAUGAUUCUGAGAGGCAAGCGUACCAAGCGCCGCCAAAGGCCUUUGUCUCCGGUCAGUGACCAGCCGGCCGUGGUACCCGGCAGCACUUCCUCUUCCUCCAGCGGUGGUGGCCGUGCCGGAGAAGAUGGAGAUGUAUUGGGCUACUUUUACCCAUUAAAUCCAUCUUCUACAACUACUAAUACUUCUUCAACUAGUGAUGAUCAACAACAAGAUGACGAUGAUGAUGAAGAUGAUCAAGAUCAAGACAUAGCCAACUGCUUAAUACUUUUGGCUCAGGGAGAUGGGCAUCAAAGAAGCAGGAAGAAAGACAGUUUGAGUUGUGUUGAUGAAAUUAAGGUGGAGAAAUUGAGUAGCAGAAGAUUCACUGAGAUGGUAAUUUCAACAACAGGAAGCAAAGUUGGAUUCUUUGUUUAUGAAUGCAAAACCUGUAACCGAACUUUCCCAUCAUUUCAAGCUUUAGGUGGGCACAGAGCAAGCCACAAGAAACCAAAAGUUGUUGUAACUGAAGAGAAGCUGAAAGCCGCCAUUAAUGAGCAUCAUCAAGAAGAAGAAGAGGAUCAUCAUCAUCAUCAUCAUCAAGAAAUUGUUGUAAUUAAAGAGGAAGUAACACAACCAAUCCAAGAUUCAUCAACCAGCAAAUGUAAGGCCAAGAAUCAUGAGUGUUCGAUUUGUGGGGCAGAGUUUUCUUCAGGGCAAGCAUUGGGUGGUCAUAUGAGGCGACAUCGGAAUCCUCCUCCGGCCAUGGCUUCUUCUACAACUAAAGUUUCCAUGGUUGUUCAUCAAACAAGUCCAGUAAUUGGAACUGUUCAAGAAGAUGUUGACGAGAAAUCCCACGUUGUUAAGAAAAAACAGAGGAUUGAUAAUAAAAAUGUUUUCCAGUUGGAUCUUAAUCUGCCAGCACCAGUUGAAGAUGAUCAUCAUCAUCAUCAUCACAUUCAUAAAGAUUUGAAGUUUCAGCAACAACAACAACAACAUCAUCUUGUGUUCUCAGCAACGCCAGCUUUGGUUGAUUGUCAUUAUUAAAGAAACUAAUUAAGAACAGGGGGGGAAAAAAACAAAGAUGUUCAUAAGUAUAGCCUUAUUGUUAUUACUUUGACUUCCAUAAUGGUAUAUUUAAUAUCAAUCAAACCCAUUCUUUUGAAUUCUUUUUUGGGGGUUUUUUUUUUCUCCCAUUGAAUUAAAGUAUAUAGUUGGCAAUGUUGAUCAUCUACUUGUGUGUUUGAUGUUGAAUACUUUGAGUAAGUGGUUAGUAUACAAGGUUGCCUUUCAUUCACGAAAUGUGAGUAAGGGAAGGCAUCUUUUUCUUUUUUCUUUUUUUUUUUUUCAUUUUUUAUUUUGGCUUCAUUAUAAUUAAUUUUGUACUUACAUGAGGAAGAGAUAUGGGAUAUGGUAUAACUUAAGGGUCAUGUCCAAGUAUGGGUUAACCAGAACCACAACCAAAAGUCUUGGAUUAGGUUCUUUUUGUUUCUUCAGUUGGAAUAAAGCUGUUGAUUUACCACACAAAAAAUUUAGCAACAAAAAAGAAAGAAGAGGAAAAAAGGGAAAAACAGAAAACCGUUUCUUUAUAUGUUUCUCACUAAAGAAUCAUUGGAUAGGAAAGCGAGUCAGCUUAAAUAUGUUAAUACUCUUUCCGUCUCGAAAUAAGAUAACGUAAUACAGUUUUUUCAAGAACAGAACUUUUAUUUUUGGACGAUGGAUACAUAAUAAGUGUUAGUAGUUCAAGUACCAAGUUGCAAAAGCAUGGCUCACUUUACUUGGUGGGCUAAGCUCUCAGUGUCUAGGUAGAAGUCACAUCUGAGGUUUCAGUUUUAAUAUGAAAGUUUUUAACUAAGACAAGUCUU